AUGGCAGCGAGGAAGGAUGUGGAACGCGCUUUUGGAAUUUUGAAGAGGAAAUUCGCUAUCAUUUGUGGCCCAUAUCUUGGGUUGAGUGCUCGUGAAAUGCAUAAGACUAUGCUCACUUGCAUGAUUCUUCAUAACAUGGUCAUUCAGGAAACCCGUCGGGAUUCAGAGUGGAUUAACUAUGAAGAUGAAGAUUUGAGGCCAGAGAUUCAACCACAAAGAGGGGUAUUUGUAAGGAAUUAUGCUCAAAUGACUAAUUACAUUCAGAACCAGAAUUUGUAUGACAGUUUAAGAGAUGAUCCGAGAGUGAAUCUUUGGGAAGAGCAUGGAAGAUAA